CAACCAGCAGCAGCAGCAGCAGCAAAAGCGAGACUCCUGCGCCGCCGACUACAAGAGGGUUAAAAGUGUAGAUUGGAUUUCACCCCGGGAAAUCUAGCACACGGAGUGAACUUGAAUCUUUGGCUAUUUAAGGAGGACUGGGGUUUGUUGUGAAGUUGUGGUGAUCCAGUGCAGAGCCCCGUCCUGAUUGAUUUCAUCUUCCUUGAGUCUCAGAUGACUGUAAAAUGAAUAGAUGAAAUUACUCCUUUUUGAGGCUUUUCUUAGGGGCUCUCCGGGCAGCGUGUUCUCAAAGCGAAGUCAUGAUGUAUUCUCCAAUCUGUCUCACUCAGGAUGAAUUUCACCCGUUCAUUGAGGCACUUCUUCCACAUGUCCGUGCAAUUGCCUAUACUUGGUUCAACCUUCAGGCUCGAAAACGCAAGUACUUUAAAAAACAUGAGAAACGAAUGUCAAAGGAUGAGGAAAGAGCAGUCAAGGAUGAGCUACUUAGUGAGAAGCCUGAAAUUAAACAGAAGUGGGCAUCCAGGCUCCUGGCCAAGCUGCGCAAAGAUAUUCGACAAGAGUUCCGGGAGGAUUUUGUGCUCACGGUGACUGGGAAGAAGCACCCUUGCUGUGUAUUGUCCAAUCCUGACCAGAAGGGUAAGAUUAGGAGAAUCGACUGCCUGCGACAGGCUGACAAAGUCUGGCGUCUGGAUCUAGUCAUGGUGAUCCUGUUCAAAGGCAUCCCCUUGGAAAGUACGGAUGGAGAGCGGCUCAUGAAAUCCCCACAUUGCACAAAUCCAGCACUUUGCGUCCAGCCACAUCACAUAACAGUAUCAGUCAAGGAGCUUGAUUUGUUUUUGGCAUACUACGUGCAGGAGCAAGAUUCCGGACAACCAGGAAGUCCAAGCCACAAUGAUCCUGCCAAGAAUCCACCAGUGUACCUUGAGGACAGUUUUGUAAAAUCCGGUGUGUUCAACGUGUCAGAACUUGUGAGGGUGUCCAGAACACCCAUUACCCAGGGAACUGGAGUGAACUUCCCAAUUGGAGAGCUUCCAAGCCAGCCAUAUUACCAUGAUAUGAAUUCGGGUGUAAAUCUACAGAGGUCAUUGUCCUCUCCACCAAGCAGCAAAAGACCCAAAACUAUCUCCAUAGAUGAAAAUAUGGAGCCAAGCCCGACAGGAGACUUUUAUCCUUCUCCAAAUUCACCAGCUGCGGGGAGCCGGACAUGGCAUGAAAGAGAUCAAGAUAUGUCUUCUCCUACAAUGAAGAAACCUGAAAAGCCUUUGUUUAGUCCUACUUCUCCCCAGGAUUCUUCACCAAGAUUGAGCACUUUUCCCCAGCAUCACCACCCAGGAAUCCCAGGAGUUGCACACAGUGUCAUCUCAACAAGAACUCCACCUCCACCUUCACCAUUGCCAUUUCCAGCACAAGCUAUUCUCCCUCCUGCCCCGUCUAGUUACUUCUCUCAUCCAACGAUCAGAUAUCCUCCCCACCUGAAUCCUCAGGAUACGCUGAAGAAUUAUGUACCUUCCUAUGACCCGUCCAGCCCACAGACUAGCCAGCCUAACAGCAGUGGUCAAGUAGUAGGGAAAGUGCCUGGCCAUUUUACUCCAGUUUUGGCACCCUCUCCCCAUCACAGUGCGGUGCGACCUGUGACCCUGACCAUGACAGAUACUAAACCCAUCACUACAUCCACUGAAGGUGAGGCAUCUUCACCUACAGCAACCACCUACACAGCCUCAGGCACAUCCCAAGCCAAUCGAUAUGUGGGACUAAGCCCAAGAGACCCAUCCUUCCUACACCAGCAACAGCUGAGAAUUUGUGACUGGACCAUGAAUCAAAACGGCAGGCAUUUAUACCCCAGUGCCAGUGAGGAUACAUUGGGAAUUACUUGGCAAAGUCCUGGUACCUGGGCUAGCUUGGUUCCUUUUCAAGUAUCAAAUAGGACACCGAUCCUGCCAACAAAUGUCCCAAAUUAUGGUUUGAACAUAAUUGGAGAGCCUUUCCUUCAAGCAGAAACAAGCAACUGAGGGAAAACAAUACAAAUAAAUAAUGAAAUAAAAGCAAAGUAAAAAAAAAAAAAAAGAAAGAAAGAAAAAAGAAGGGAAUCCAGGACGACGAAACUGAAGAAAGAAGGAAAAAUAGACCAGCAAUUGCAGCUCUUACAAUCACUAAUUCCCUUAUGGUUGAAACUGAAAUGACAUACAAAGGGUCAAUGAUAUUUCACUGAUGGGUAGAAUGCAGCCCCUGCCAAGUAGCCUUUGUUAUAUGAAGUCCGCUGGGAAAUAGAUUUCUGUCUCUGACAAUAUAUUUUAACUGACUUUCUAGAUGCCUUAAUAUUUGCAUGAUAAGCUAGUUUUAUUGGUUUAGUAUUCUUGUUGUUUACGCAUGGGAUCACUAUUCCUGGUUAUCUCACAAAACAAAGGCUAGGCAGUAGUAGCAGAGCUGCAGGAGGACACGGGCAGUGAGCCACCCAUUUUCUCAACACUGAUUUCUAAAUGAUUUAAAAAUAAGCUCUGUAGCCUUUAGUUAUCAGUAUGGAUUUAUUAAACUUUGGCCCUUAAUUCAGCCUUUUCUAGUGUGUUAUGCAGUUCAGAGUUUUUCAAUCAGUAUGAACACACAAGCUCUAUGGAAGAAAUGCCUCUGCGUAGGUAAAAGUGUUAUCUCCUUAUGCAACAGUAAAAAAGAAAAGGAAGUUAAAUGUUUUCCCCACUAAAUAAACACUUACAGAGGCAAGUGCAAUUUAAAAAUCAUAUCUAAGGGGUCAUCACUAUAAGUCCUUCAGCCCUUGGACUCUAAAUUGAGGGGAUUAAAAAUAGAAAUAAAAAUUACUUUGAACAAACUUGUUUUUCCCCUCAGUUUUUGAGGGCAUUAAAAGGCAUUAAGUCAAGACAAAUCAUGUCCUUGAGAAAAAGAAAUUGAUGGAAAUACAGCACUUAUGUUGGUUUAGCUGCUGCCUCCACAGAGGGGUAGGAUUUAUUUAUUUAAAGUUACUGGUUGCAUCAAGAACCCACAGGGUUUACAUGUUUCUGUAAAAUCUGCAUAAUAGAGACAAAAAGAUAGGCAAAUCCAUGUCACAAGGGCAAAGCUUACCGUUUACAAACUGGUAAUACCAGGAUGGGGAUAUGCUAUAUUUAAAUAAUGCACUCUUCAUGUAAGUGUAAUUACAGGGUGCUGAAAAUUUGCAUGGUGCUUUCAGAAGUUAGCCUUGUUCACCAAUUUUCACAUAUUGACAGAAAUAUAAUGUGCAUGGGCAGACAUUUUGCCUAUAUGUCUCUUUAAAAACUAUAUAAUUAAGAUACUCUUUCCAGUAAUCCUAAUUUGCACGAAGAUAUAAUGUCCACAUUACGUGCCUUGCCUUGAAAUCUAAAAAAUGGAAAAAAACAAAAAAAGAAGAAAAAAAACAAAACAAAACAAAAAAAUCUGACAUCACUACACUUGUUUUGCUGCAUUUAUUAUAAUUUUAAGUCUUUACCAUUUUUAUGACAAAAUAUUUUGUACUCCAGGUGGGAAAAAAGUGUGACAUCAUGGAUUUUUUAGACAGUUAUACCUUUAUCUCACAUUUAUAAAGCAUAUCAUGGCUGUGUAUAGUUGCCGCUUAAAAAUUGUAAUCAACCAGCAAUAUUUUCAGUAUUUUGGUGUUUUUUCUAUUAACCUUUCAUGUUUUUCAUCUUCCAAUUAAUAUUGGGGGGAGGGGAUACAAAUUUAUACGAAUUAUGCAAUACCAAGUUUUGCCUAUGUAGGUAGUGCUUUUAGCUGUAUUGGUUAUUAUAGGUAAGUACACAGAUUUAAAAGGAAAAAAAAAAAAAAAGAAAGAAAAAAGAAUAAUGUAUGCUUUUUUUGUUUGUUUUAAUUGACCAAAGUGGGUACUGCUAUUUUUGCAGUGUGAUGAGGUCCUUUUCUGUACUGAGAGGUGGAUAGGGGAUUUUUUUUUUUAUACAUACAUAUAUAUAUAUAUUCUGGGGUGGGUGGGGAGGAUUUUUAACACUUUACAGUGUAGCUGUGAAGCAGUGCACCCUUAGCCAGGCAGGGGCUGCAAAGCGACUGUUCUGCCUACUGUGACAAACUUCCAAAUAGGUUCCCUCGUUUUAACUUCCCACCUGGGGUGCAAGCUGAAAUCAUUUCUGGAUUUAAAAAAUAAAUAAUGAAUUCUGUUGGAGGCAGACUUGACUUGAGGAAGCUGUUUUAAGUUUUGUGGGUUUUUUGUUUUGUUUCAUUUUGUUUUGUGUGUUUAGUUUUUUGCUUGAUUUUUGUUUUGUUUUGUUUUGUUUUGUUUGUUUUGUUUUGUUUUGUUUUUAUUGAGAAAGAGAGAGAGACAGACAGAAAAGGAGGUCAGAACCACCAGUGAGAUUGAGCCUUUUCCAUUCUGGCAAAGAUACUGCAUCCUAAAGUGUUCACAUUAGAAAAUGUUUUUAGCUCAGAAUGACAAAGACACUUGCUUUGUCUAGGAAAUGCACAUACAGGGCCAAAAUCUUUGCUGGCAGAAUUCCAGCGACUCCACUCAACUCCGGAGUUGUUCCUGCAGAGAAUUUGCCUCCCUCAGUCUUCUUGACUGGUAAAUAUUUUUUUAUAUUUUUUUUUUCCUCAUCAAAAGAUUUUUUUUUUCUCCCCCAAGUUUGUUAACUCACAGCAUCUGAAUUACAAUAUUUGGGCUGCUCAAGCUUGUGUAAGAUGUUUGCAGUGUCUUCUCAUUUAGCAAGUCAGAUGGAGAGUUUCUUAAUGCAUGGGAUUAGACUAGAAUGUAAUAAAAGUAAAUUUCCAGUGAAAUCAUGUCUUGCAGAUCAGUAGCCGGCCUGUUGCUGGAGAGCUCUUAUGCACCAGUGAUAAAACAUAUGGCUCAACACAGGAUGAAUUUUUCUUAAAAGUACAUCCUUUUAUUAGAGUGAAGAGUAUAGACUUGUGGAAAUGGGAUGCUCCCCUCUGAAAACUAAUCCUUUUACAGUAGUUGUCUGCAUUUUGUAGGUUUCACUGCCCUGGAGCAGCCCCAGAAGUGCAGUUCCAACACAGUACUGGGCAGUGGCACACCAAAGUCAGUCCCUUCUGGCUGUGGCCGACACGUGGCAGCUAAUGAGCUGUGGUGGUGGCACAUAUCCAGCAGGAGAGGUGUGUGUAGGCAUGACCUAAGUGGCUACUGAAAAAGCAAGUUCUUGAGAUUUGUCUACAGCUAAACUGAAAGAAAGAAAACCCCACAUAAAAGAAACCCCAUGUAAACGAUAAGACAGCAAAAGGAAAAUAAAAUUAAUGAUAUUGUGUUUUUUUUCUGAGGCCCAUAGUAAGUGAAUUCAUUCACAAAGCACACGGCUAUUGAGAUUUCCAAAACGUACUAGAUCCACUCAAGAGUGCAUGUCAGGCUCUGAUAACACAAAGUCUGCAGUCUCCUUUCCACAUGCCACUGAUACUGAGCCGUUUGGGAGCAGUGUGGGUUUUAUUUUUGUGUGUGUUUGUAUUUUUUGUUGUUGUUGGUUGUUUUGUUCUGUUUUGUUUGGUUGUUUUGUUUUGUUUUGUUUUCAUGCUCUGCAGUCAAAAGAUCAAGAUAAGACUGAGAACUCAAAUCCAGUCUCUGGCCUCCUCCUUCACCAGGAAGUGUAUUCUGACUAAAUCAAGACACCCCGUUCUAUGUGCACUGUUCUGCCUUUACUAAGUUGCUUUGCAGCCCUGGCCUCAUGGCUGUGCCACUGAAGUGUGUUUCCCCUGGAGUGACGUGAACUUUUGAGGCUUGACUAAGGAAAAAAAAAGGCAGUGAAGGAGACUGUACAUAAAGACAUGGCAAAAAUAUUAAUUAUAGCAAUAUAGUUGUGGGGUGAUGUUCAGGUGGGCAGCUACAUUGAAAAUAUGUGAAUGAAUUUGUGAAGCUGCAAGUAGCGAGAAGAAAGGAGGAUUUUCUGAAUGAACCGCCUACCUUGUAGACAGUAAUUUGUACGCUGUAUAGUUUUGUUAAGAAAUUUUUUUUAAUUAAAAUACCCUUUUUUGUAAAGCUAACUUUUUAACAAUUAUAAUGGAAAUGCAUGCCAUUUCCAUUUUUAAAGUAAACAAGAAUAUUCCUUGUUUGGAAACUGGACUUGGGUUAAAACUCUCCGGUUUCUUAAUUUAUAUAUGAAAAAAGAAUCUGUCCACGUUAGGAGUUAUUUCGCAGAUUCCUGUGCUUGAAAAGCAUAGGCUACUAAUCCUUUAAAAAUGUAAAUGGAGAAAAGUUAUAUUUUAUGAAGGUUAUUUUGUUGUAUUUAGUAUUGGAAAAGUUGGUUUUCAGAGCAUUUCAAAAUGUUGGAAGCACCACUGUCUUUUUAUUAGUAUAUAUGGCCUUUAGCAAAAGUUUUUGUGAUUGUUACAUGAUGGUAUUUAGAACUAAAACAGUACUUAUGUCUCACAUAGCUGUGUCCUCAGGGAGCAGGAUUUUGGAUUUGCAACUUGUAGCUUCAUAAAGACUUAAUGAAAAAGAUUGCACAAGGACACACUCAGCUGUGACAUCAGAGUGUGUUCUGUACCUAAAUCUAAAUUAUAUUUACUGUGUGAGACUAUGAAGGCUGCAGAAAGUUAUCCCAUAUUCAGUGUACAGUAUUCACUUAUAAUGAACAACUCUCUAACGUUGCUGGCAGUAAGGCCCCAAGCAUGACAUCCAAUAUAGUUUACUUGAUCCUGUCAAGGUCUUUUGUUAACAUUAACCAGCUGCAUGCUCCUGGACUUUUUCAUUUGGUUUCUGUAGAAAACUGAAAAAAAAAGAGGGAGAGAGUAAAAUCAUAUGCAGGCUAAUCACGUUAAACAGGAAAAGCUCGAAGUUGAAUGUUCUACUCCAUGCUGAAGGAGCUGAAAACUGCCUCCUUCUUAUUUGCACUUUCUGCUAGUUCCCCAGUUUUUUCCAAUUCCUGAAAAUUGUGUGGGUGUGGUGGAGCACUGCAGUUGGAGGAUAACACGGACCACUGAUUUUGCCCUUUAGCCCUGCACAAUGACCUUUGCAUCAGCCAAACUUAUUGCCAUGACAACUCUGUACUGUUUCCAUGCCACAGCUCUGUUGGUCACAUGGUUAAUAGUAAAGGGGACAAGUUGGAGACGGUCAAUUUUUACAAUUUUUGUUGCAAUUUUUUCUUCAAUGGUUGUAAGUAGUUUGUUUUGUUGUUUGUUUUUUUUUUUUUUUAAUGAUAAAAGGGUUCACUAGUUAUUACUCUUUAGAAAUAUCUGUGUGUUGCAAUUCAAAUGUAUGUUGAAUUUGUGAAAAGGGCUUCAGUGCCACUAGCAUCAUAAUAUCCUAGAAUAAGCCUUUCAUACUUUUAUUGCAUGAUACAGUAACAGUAAAAUAAAAGGUGGCCUAGAUAAAUGGAGAGCAGUGUGAGCUAGUGACACUAAAGCCAGUCUUUGUAUUACUGUAUUUUUGACAGAAUGGUUUUGAAAACUGUGCUACAGGGACUGAUGUGGCAAAUGUAUCUCUAUAUGCAGAAGGAAGUUUUUUAAGAAGUAUGGCUUAUUAUGCAUUCUUCAUUGAGGGCAUUGAAGUUGCAUGGACUGAUAAAAGUUGAUGCAAAAUGAGAAAGAAACAAAAACCAGCAAAAUGUUUACCAAAAAACUCAAACAAAUGAGCAGUGCCUGUUCAAUUUCACAGUCUCUGUUGAGUUCAGUUGUAAAUAUGUUUCAGAUAACAUUUUCUUCAAAAACAAAAAAAUACAAAAAAAAUCUCUACAGCAUUGUAGAAUGUGAGUGGUUCCUCAAUCCCAGGCAUAGGCUUCUCAAGAGCUGCAUUAGGUUAUGUCUUCAUCAAGCUGUUAAUUUGUGCUUAUAUCAUAUAGAACUUUAGUAAACUGGGAAGAGGAACUCUAUCUCAAUGAUAUUUCUCUGAGAACAACUUUUGUAGGGCUGUGUGUUUCUUUAGAUACAUUUAGUACAACUGUAGGUGACAAGUAGUCAGUUAUUGCUUGCUAGCUACACACCAGGGUUGAUCCAUUUUAAAACUUCUGGCAUUUUUCCCCAUACUGUAGGACAUAAAUCCUGAAGGUUACAUUUUAAUUAAAAAGGAGGUACAUACACAGUCUUUGUGUAAUGAACCUUCACUAGUAGGAUGCAUUACAGUACAGCUACUUAAUUUUAGAAUUAGGGCCCUCUGGCAUUAGACCUGUUUUUAGCCUGAGUGUUAACAAAGGUUUUUAUUGUGCCUGGUUGGAGGAUAAUAAUGUUCUUUUUGGUACUUUUUUUUAGGUUACAAAUGAACUCAACUGCCACAAGUUUUAAACUGGUGUAAAUCAAGCUUGACUUAAUGUGAUUGUUACUGUUAUAUCCAGCCUAUACUGCUAGCAGCUGCUCAUACUGCAGUCAAUUACUGGAAGCGGAUAUAUUUCCUAUGCAAAAACUGUUUAAACAAUAAAAAUGAGCUAUGCUACA